UGAAAGCACCAUUCGCACUCUUUUCUCAUCAUUUUAAUGUGAAGACCGGAAGAGUCCUUCACCAAAAUCGUUCGGCGGGCACUUCCGGAAGCUGAGACCAGGGUUCCGGGAGAGGACUGGGGGGAAAGGGGAGAAGCGGUAGUGGCAGCUGGAGAUGAAGAAGGAGCAUGUGCUGCACUGUCAGUUCUCCGCGUGGUACCCCCUGUUCCGAAGCCUGACUAUCAAGAGUGUCAUUCUUCCACUUCCUCAGAAUGUGAAGGACUACUUACUUGAUGAUGGAACGCUGGUGGUUUCCGGAAGGGAGGACCCACCAACUCAUUCUCAACCAGACAGUGAUGAUGAGGCAGAAGAAAUUCAGUGGUCGGAUGACGAGAACACAGCCACCCUGACGGAUGCAUACUGGAUAGCCAUGAAUAGCUCUCUGAAAUGCAAAACGCUCAGCGACAUCUUCCUGCUUUUCAAGAGUUCUGAUUUCAUCACUCAAGACUUUACUCAGCCAUUCAUUCAUUGUACUGAUGAUUCUCCAGAUCCUUGUAUGGAAUAUGAGCUUGUUCUCCGAAAAUGGUGUGAAUUAAUUCCUGGAGCUGAGUUCCGAUGCUUUGUCAAGGAAAACAAGCUUAUUGGUAUUUCUCAGCGGGACUACACACAAUACUAUGAUCAUAUUUUUAAGCAAAAGGAAGAAAUUUGCAGAUGCAUUCAAGACUUUUUCAAGAAGCACAUACAAUAUAAAUUCUUAGAUGAAGACUUUGUAUUUGAUAUAUACCGAGACAGUAGGGGAAAGGUGUGGCUAAUCGAUUUUAACCCUUUUGGCGAAGUAACAGAUUCACCUUGGGAAGAACUGAUAUCCGGGAAAAACUUGAAAGCUGAUGUUAGUGAAGGGGACGCCCUGGAGCAGGAUUCUCCAGCUUUUCGCUGCACAAACAGUGAAGUUACAGUACAACCCAGUCCCUAUCUGAGUUACCGACUACCCAAGGAUUUUGUAGACCUCUCUACUGGUGAAGAUGCUCACAAACUAAUUGAUUUCCUUAAACUGAAAAGGAAUCAGCAAGAGGAUGACUGACUCCAGUUACAGACCAGCUUCAGGAGGAAACCAUCCCGACUGCAGGAGGCUGUGCAUAGGACGUACUUCCCCUUAGCCCUGAUCUGAGGGGGGUGGGGGUAGGCAGUGUGGAAACCAGCAGCUUUUUAUAUUCAUGGGCAUCCAGCUGGAGGAAAAUGGGGGGACUUUGCUACUUGUAAACAAACAUAAUAAAUAGAUCAUAACCAUA